CUCAAGACCAUUUUCUCUCUCUCUCUCUCUCUCUCUCUCUCUCUCUACAUUCUCCGAGAAACGAUAAUCAAAACCCACAUUUUCUGAGCAAACCCAUAAUCAAACUCACAUUUUCUGAUCAAACCCAUAACCUAUAGUCGUUCUAAUGGCGGAGAGUUGUGGUAGAAAGCUCAUCGUUGAAGUCUGCAACGCCAAGAAUCUGAUGCCCAAAGACGGCCAAGGAACUGCGAGCGCUUACGUGAUCGUCGAUUUCGAUGGCCAGAGGCGACGAACCAAGACCAAAUUCAGAGAUCUCAACCCUGAAUGGGACGAAAAGCUUGAGUUUUUGGUUAACGAAGUUGAUUCAAUGGCCACUGAAAUUCUCGAACUCAAUGUCUACAACGACAAAAAGACCGGCAAGAGAAGCAUUUUUCUGGGUAAAGUCAAGAUCGCCGGAAGCACUUUUGUGAAAUCUGGGUCCGAGACUCUCGUCUACUAUCCUCUCGAGAAGAGAAGUGUUUUCUCUCAGAUUAAAGGCGAGAUCGGACUCAAGGUUUGGUACGUGGACGAGAAUCCUGAUCCGGCGGAGUCUCCGCCGGAAACAGAGCAGAAAUCCGACACUCCAGCUCCGCCUGCGGCGGAGGAAAAUCCGCCGGAGAAGGAGGAGGAAAAGAAGGAAGAGGAAAAGCCUGUGGAGGAAGCCAAGAAAGAAGAGAAACAGCCGGAGAAUACAAAAACAGAGGAGACUCCGGCGGCGGCGCCACCACCUCCACCGCCGGCGGUGGAGGCGGAGAAUCCACCAAUAGCUCAAGCGGACAAGCAGAAAGAGAAGGCGAUCGUCGGAAAAAGACCCGAUAUCGAAUCGAAUGAGUUAGAACUCCGAUCAAUCGCCGGCGAUCGAAGUCUUCUUAGCUCGUACGAUCUCGUCAAUCGAAUGCCAUUGCUCUUCGUGCGAGUUGUGAAGGUGAAACGAGCGAACCCGGAAGCUGAUUCGUCGUCGGUCUACGCUAAGCUCGUGAUCGGAACUCACAGUAUCAAAACCAAGAACCAACCAGACAAAGAUUGGGACCAAGUCUUUGCAUUUCACAAAGAAGAUCUCAAUUCAACUUCCUUGGAAGUCUCUGUUUGGGUUGAGAAGAAAGAAGCAGAGAAUUCAACAGAGACUUCUUUGGGAACGGUGUGGUUUGAUUUGCAAGAAAUCCCAAAAAGAGUCCCACCAGACAGUCCUCUCGCUCCUCAGUGGUACACUCUCGAAGGUUCGCCGGAGGAUUCGCCUGGAAAUGACGUUAUGCUCGCCGUUUGGAUCGGAACUCAGGCCGACGAGGCGUUUCAGGAAGCCUGGCAGUCGGACUCCGGCGGCUUAAUUCCGGAGACCCGAGCCAAGGUCUAUCUCUCUCCGAAGCUCUGGUAUUUGAGACUAACGGUCAUCCAAACCCAAGAUCUACAGCUAGGUUCGGGAGCAGAGCCUAAGGUUAAGAAUCCAGAUUUGUACGUUAAGGCUCAGCUGGGCCCGCAGCUGUUCAAAACUAGCCGAACAACGGUCGGCUCAUCCAGCUCGUCUUCUAAUCCCACGUGGAAUGAGGACCUUGUGUUCGUCGCAGCCGAGCCGUUUGAGCCGUUUUUGGUAAUUACAGUCGAAGAUGUUUCAAAUUCACACACUGUGGGCCAUGCGAAAGUACACAUGGCAAGCGUUGAUAGGCGAACAGAUGACAGGUCAGAGCCCAGAUCCAGAUGGUUUAAUUUGAUUGGAGAUGAGAAUCGACCUUAUGCGGGAAGAAUACACGUGCGAGUAUGUUUGGAAGGUGGGUAUCACGUGCUUGACGAAGCUGCUCACGUGACAAGCGAUGUUCGGGCGGCUGCAAAACAGUUAGCCAAGCCACCAAUCGGAUUGCUCGAAGUGGGUAUACGUGGCGCCACUAAUCUGCUUCCAGUGAAAACCAAGGAUGGUACACGUGGCACAACGGACGCUUACGUGGUGGCCAAAUAUGGGCCCAAGUGGGUUCGCACCCGUACGAUCCUUGAUCGGUUUAAUCCACGGUGGAACGAGCAGUACACAUGGGAUGUAUACGAUCCCUGCACCGUACUCACAAUUGGGGUCUUUGAUAACGGAAGGUACAAUCAUGGUGAUGAAGCAGGGAAGCCAGGGAAGGAUGUGAGAAUUGGGAAGCUACGUGUACGGCUGUCAACGCUUGAUACGAAUCGGGUGUACAUGGGUUCAUAUUCUCUUACCGUGUUACUCCCUGGUGGGGGCAAGAAAAUGGGUGAGAUUGAAAUUGCAGUAAGGUUCUCAUGUUCGUCGUGGCUUAGUCUAAUUCAGGCGUACGCUAGCCCAAUGCUUCCUAGAAUGCACUAUGUGCGCCCAUUGGGUCCGGCGCAGCAAGAUAUCCUGCGCCACACCGCAAUGCGGAUGGUAACGGCCCGGUUAGCCCGAUCCGAACCAGCUCUGGGUCAGGAAGUGGUUCAGUUUAUUCUCGAUUCAGACUCACACAUGUGGAGCAUGAGGCGGAGCAAAGCCAAUUGGUUCCGGGUCGUGGGUUGCUUGACCAAGUUCGCCACAUUCGCAAGGUGGCUCGAGGGGAUUCGAACCUGGGUGCACCCACCCACCACAGUCCUAGUCCACCUCUUGGUCCUAGCAAUUGUCUUAUGCCCACAUCUAAUACUCCCAACGGUAUUCAUGUACAUCUUCUUCAUCGUAGGGCUGAGAUUUCGUUACGUCCAGCGGGUCCCACUCACUAUAGACCCAAGAAUAUCAUGUGUUGACGCGGUGGGCCUGGACGAGCUAGACGAGGAGUUUGAUGGGUUUCCAACCACACGAUCGGGUGACCAAGUUCGGAUCAGGUACGAUCGGUUGCGGGCACUGGCUAGUAGGGCCCAGACACUUUUAGGUGACGUGGCAGCACAAGGUGAGAGAUUGGAGGCUCUGAUGAAUUGGAGGGACCCAAGGGCAACUGGGAUAUUUGUAGUAGUCUGUUUAAUGGCUUCAUUGGUGUUUUAUGUGGUCCCAUUCAAGGCAUUUGUGGUGGGGUCUGGGUUCUACUAUCUGCGACAUCCGAGGUUCCGGGAUGACAUGCCGUCGGUGCCUGUCAAUUUUUUCCGGCGACUUCCGUCGAUGUCGGAUCAAAUUCUAUGAACGGCGGCGCGUAUGAUUCACUCUUCGUGUGCUGGCCAAGUAGAUAGUAGUUUGGUGGUGAUUUUGUUUGAAUUAGUACAAGUUAUAUUAUUAGUAUUUUAUUAAUUAAUGUUAUUAUUUAGUUUAUUUUGGUUUUAAAUUAAUAAUGGGUGUUAAUUUAAUUAGAAAUGGGGAAGAAAGUUGUUUAUGGAGGGAGCGGGUGAGCCUUGGAUUUAUAUAAAAGGUGACCGUUGGAUGUUUUUGUGGGGGCCAUUUAUGUAUUUAAGUAAUGGAUUUUGUUAUAUAACCAAAUGCAGACAAUGAAUAUGUGCGCAAA